AUGAUUUUGGAGGUCGAUGGGCUGGUCAUGAGCCUGGGCUACUGGGCAACAAAAGUCGGUAGCCUCCAGGCAAGGAGCAUGGUAGCCGCUGUAAGCAGAGUCAUUAAUGCUCUGUUAGAGCAACCAUUGAUUGCCAUAGGGAAUCUCGACCUGUGUGAUGAAGAUGACAUUGAUAUUCUUCAGAAGUGGAACAAUUUUGAAAAUACACUGCAAGAAGAGUGUGUUCAUGACCUGAUGUCCAAGCAGGCUGUGGAGAAUCCCAACAGUGUGGCCGUUGAUGCCUGGGAUGGCCAGUUUACUUACCAUGACUUGGACCGUCUCUCGUCAAAUCUGGCAGUCCAUUUACAGGGAAUGGGUAUCAUUCCUGAGACCUAUGUGGCUUUAUGCUUUGAAAAAUCAAAGUGGCUUGUUGUUUCCCUACUUGCUGUUAUCAAGGCUGGAGCGGCAUAUGUUGUGAUUGAGCCAUAUUAUCCCCUUAAGCGCAUGACAGAGAUCUGCAUCCAACUUCAAAUUAAUGUUCUUCUGGCCAGCCCAGAUUUACUCCAUACGGCAAGCAAGCUAUCUGAUCGGGUCUUGGUCGUCAAAGAGGGUUCCGAAUACUUACAUGACGACCGCAACGGUGAGGAGCAAAAAGCAGAGAUGUCCACUAGCAACCCCCAUAAUGCACUCUACGUUGUGUUUUCCUCCGGAUCUACCGGCAAUCCAAAGGGAAUUGUAGUAGAACAUUCUGCAUUCGUUAGCUGGGGUAUGAUGCUAAGACAAGCAAUUUUCUUGGAUAGCCAAUCUCGGGUGCUUCAAUUUUCGAGUUUUGCCUUUCUUAUAGCUCAUCGCGAUGUGCUGCUCACCCUCAUGCUUGGAGGCUGUGUCUGCAUGCCGUCUGAGUCACAGCGCCUCAACCAUCUCGAGACAUUCAUGACCGAAUACCAGGUCAACUGGGCCAACCUCACACCUUCAGUGGCUGCGUUACUCGACCCGGAAAUGACACCUACCCUCGAGACCUUGCUUCUCACCAGUGAACCGAUGUCUCUUUCUAGCCUUACUACGUGGGAAGGCCGAGUAAACCUCAUGUUUGCGUAUGGUCAGGGGGAGAGUGUCAGUCUCUGCUGUGUGAGGCACAACCCAACAGUCGGUUCUGACCGUAAGAAUGUUGGUCAUAGGAUCGGCAGAUCAGUCUGGCUCGUUGAUCCCGAUGACCAUGAUAAGCUGGUCCCCGUGGGGGCUGUUGGAGAGUUAGUCAUUGAAGGGCCUGUACUGGCUCGUGGAUAUCUUGAUGCUGAGAGAACGGCACUCGCGUUUCUAAGUAAUGCGGCGUGGGUACGAAGGCUCAAGCCAGGCCAGAGAGGGCGGCUCUACAAGACGGGAGAUUUGGCACAGUUUACCGAUGAUGGAUCAGUCCGAUAUCUCAGUCGAAAGGAUAACUCGACCAAGCUCUACGGACAGCGACUGGACAUGGAUGAGGUGGUACGCCAUAUUCAGGGCUGUCUAGCAGGACUGUCCGACACGACAGUUCGCGAUGUGGUGGUAGACCUAUGCCACCCACCCAACUCCAAUGACAUCAAACUAGUGGCCUUUCUUGGAUUCAGCCGCACCUCGCCGAAUACAAGCGGUAAUGUUCUCUUGGGUCCAUUGGACCGAGCCUCCGCCUACCUCCAGCAAAUAAAGUCCCGCUUGGCUGGCCUCGUUCCUCGUUACAUGGUUCCAGCUCUUGUCGUCACGGUCUCCCGCAUACCACUCAACCUGUCCGGUAAAACCGAUCGCCGACGGCUGCGCGAGCUUCUUUCUCGUAUGACGCCUUCUGAGUUGAAUUUAUCCAUGGGAUCCAAUGUCAGCCAUGAAGCCCCAUGUACCGACCAGGAGCGGAGCCUGUGUUCACUUUGGUCACAGACCUUGAAGGUUGCUGAAUCGAGCAUCGGAAGACAUGACGACUUUUUCCAGCGGGGAGGUAACUCUCUGGCAGUGAUGAAGCUAGUCUCAGCCGCACAUGCGGCUGGUCUUUCUUUGACAUUCGGUGAUGUUUUUGCAAACCCAUUGUUACUCGAUCAAGCAAACCUGAUGGUCUCGGGGCAGGAUCAGGAACAGCGAAAUUACAAUUGUGCUCCGUUUGAAUUGAUCACAAAAAGUCGGAAGCAUGCUGUUCUUGUAGUGGCAGCCAGGGAAUGCGCAUUAUCAGAGUCACAGAUUGAGGACAUUUACCCAGCGACACCAAUUCAGGAGGGCCUCAUCGCACUUAACGCUCUACGGCCGGGUUCAUAUGUGUCGCAGCGAGUCUACAAAAUUGAAAGCGACGGCUUUAGUGUGUCCAGGUUCAAAGCAGCUUGGAAUGCCACUUUGGAUGCGAAUCCAUCCCUGCGAACCCGUUUCAUACGGUGCUCUGAUGACGGCUCAACUUAUCAGGUCGUUGUUCGUACCGACUUUAAGCUUGACUCUGACAAUGACUUGGAAAAUCAUCUGGCACAGGACAGGGCCAGUCCAAUGAAUCUAGGAUCACCACUGGUACGGCUGUGCCUCAUUGCCAGCCCCAGAGGAGAGGCAAACCUUUGUGUUGUCACGAUGCAUCACUGCAUAUACGAUGCCUGGUCCAUGUCCGUGCUGUUGGAACAAGUUCAUGCCGUGUAUCAUGGAAACGUUUUGGCCCCACAGCCCUUCAGCGGGUUCGUCAAAUAUGUUCAACAAUCGAACGAGAAUGCAUCAGAAUAUUGGAGAACCGAGAUGGCUGAUGUGCAGGCCGAACAAUUUCCAGCCUUGCCUUCUACAACACAUUACCUGAGCACCACAGAAUCUGAGACCUUGGAUAUUCCCCUGCCUCCAAGCAACGCAACAGCAAAUAUUACACUCUCUACUCGUCUCCAGCUAGCAUGGGCAGUCACUUUGGCCAACUACACCCGCCUCGACGAUGUGGUAUUCGGGUUGACGGUUUCCGGAAGAGGAUCCCCAGUGCCAGGGAUUGACAAGAUGGCUGGGCCUACAAUCGCAACAUUUCCUUUGCGGGUUCAGUUGAGGUCAGACUCAUCAAUCAACGAGGAGCUUCAGGCGUUGCAGAGCCGUGUAAUUUCAACAAUGCCAUUUGGUCAUUUCGGCAUGCAGAAUCUCAGUCGGGUUGGGGACGACGCUGCCAGAGCAUGCAGGUUUCAGAGUCUUCUGGUUAUCCAGCAGAGCCAGUCCACAUCCGAAAGGUCUGGGAUCCUCCGCAGCAUUGAGGGUCUUGGGAUUGCUGCACAGGCAACCUGGGAUACAUAUGCAUUAACAGUCCUGUGUACUCCUGCUGACGAUGACAUGAUUCAUCUGGAGGCUGUUUACGACGCAGCUGUAGUACCCAAGCCUCAGGUACAACGGACACUACAGGUCUUUGCCCAUGUCCUGAGCCAGAUAGCCUUGUUCCCAGACAGAAAAGUGGGUGGUAUCAAUGCUAUAAGCGCUGAAGACUUGCAUCAGCUCCAAAUUUGGAACAGCUCGGUGUCUCCGGCAGUGCCAAGGUUUGUCCACGACAUGAUCCACGACCAUUGUAUUUCUCAACCAGACGCAAUCGCAGUUGAUGCAUGGGAUGGCCAGCUUACUUACGGGCAACUAGAUGAGUGGUCUUCACUAGUUUCGGUGAUUCUAAGAGAGAAAGGACUACGCCCAGAAAUGUUUGUCCCCCUUUGCUUUGAAAAGUCGAAAUGGGUUGCCGUUGCCAUCCUAGCAGUCGCCAAAGGCGGCGGCGCGUUCAUUCUUCUGGAUCUCUCCCAUCCACCCCAGCGACUUGCAUGGAUAUGUAAGAAUGCGCAAGCAACAAUGAUUCUGUGCUCCAAGGACUUUUCUGCCUUAGCAGCCCAGAUAUGUGACCAACAUGUGGUCCAGGUGGAUGAAGGAAUCACCGGAGAGACCCAAUCCGUUUCACCGACAGCCUCCACACUCUAUCAAACAGGUCAGAUACUUCCCAGCAAUGCCAUUUGCGCCAUAUAUACCUCCGGAUCGUCGGGAACCCCCAAGGGAGCCGUCAUGGAGCACUCGGCCUUCGCCACUCAAAUUACCGCCCUUGGGCCGCGAUAUCAUCUAAAUCGACAAUCCCGUGUCUUCCAGUUUGCUUCCCACGCGUUUGAUGUGGCCGUUUCGGAUUACUUGUUCACUCUGGCCCUUGGCGGCUGUCUGUGUGUCCCCAAGGAAGCUGAAAGCCGGGACAGCCUAGCUGGUGCCAUGAGAGACCUUAAGGCAAAUUGGACCUUUCUGACACCAUCUGUAGCUCGGACUCUGGAUCCCCGUGCUGUGCCAGAGUUGAAGCUCUUGUUAAUUGGUGGCGAGUCCGCCAAGCCAGUAGAUUUCACCAUCUGGUCAGGCGCGGCGAGACUUAUCUACGUGUACGGUCCUGCUGAAUGCACCAUCUACACCACUCUACAGACCAACACCCUGCCUAAUGCAAAUCCCACAAAUAUUGGAUCCGGAGUGGCAGCCGCAUGCUGGCUGGUAGAUCCCAACGAUCCAGAGAAGCUCGUUCCCAUUGGGGCGGUUGGGGAGUUAUUGAUCGAGGGCCCGAUUGUUGGUCGUUGCUAUCUGGGAGAUGAAGAGCUCAGCAACUCGUCAUUCAUUUCUCCUCCAUCGUGGCUACGUGCUCUGCGGCCAGGUAAACACGGCAAGAGGCUCUAUAAAAGCGGAGACAUGUUGCGAUAUAGCCCGGUAGGAAACGGGUCGCUCGAAUUUGUCGGCCGAAGAGAUAAGCAAGUCAAGCUUCGCGGACAGAGAAUGGAGCUUGCAGAGAUCGAGCACCAGGUUACGCAGUCCUUUCCUAUGGCAACUGAUACUGUCGUGGAGCUGGUUAUACCCUCAGGCUUGGACACCCAGAAGUUGCUUGUUGCGUUCAUCUGGGACGGCGCCAAUAGUACAGAACAACGCUCAAGUCCAAACACAGGCACGCUGCCUGAAACAAACCUCUUUGUCUCUCCAGAUAGAUCUUUCGAGCUCCGAUCUUCGAGCGCAGAACUGGCCUUACGGAAAAGUUUGCCUCCUUUCAUGGUCCCUUCAUUAUUCAUUCCACUAAAGAAAUUUCCACUUGGGCCUACCGGAAAGGUCAAUAGGCGUCUUAUGAAGGAACAAGCUUGUCUGCUCUCCCGAAAGGAGCUCAGUGUCUACCAGAGCUUUCAGACAUCCGAAAAGAUACCUCCAUCUAAUGAGUCAGAAAUUUGGAUGCGCCAAGUCGUUUCUGAGGUGCUUGGUUUAUGCUCCAAUGAAGUGGGGAUGAAUGACAACUUUUUCCACCUCGGCGGCGAUUCCAUCAGUUCUAUGGUUAUUUCUGCGCGCGCGACUGAGAAUGGUCUGAGACUGACAGCUGCACAUAUCCUGGCACAUCCACGCCUUCGCGAUAUGGCCAGUGUAGCCAUGUGUGAUAACAUUGACGAUAGCUCCUCCUUUGAAGAACACCCACCACCACUACCUUUCUCGCUGCUCCAAACGAGCCAUCACCACGAGGAGUUAAUGCGGGAAGUGACGCAGCAAUGCAACACGGACAGGAGUAAUGUUGAAGACAUAUAUCCGUGCACACCACUGCAAGAAGGACUAUUCGCUCUCACAAUAAAGCAGCCUGGAGCGUACGUCUUCAAAUUCACGCUCAAACUCGCUCAACAAAUUGAUGUGGAUCGUUUUCACAACGCAUGGAACACUGUAGUGGAGGCAAACACCAUUCUCCGCACGAGAAUCGUAUGUGCCACCAGCAUGGGAGGCAGUCUGGUGCAGGCCGUCAUGCGCAAGACUAGCUACCGAAGUACACCUCUCGCAGCUGGCCAGUGCCCCGUUGGCCUAGGCGAGCCCUUGUUCUGCAUUCAAAUUUUGGCACCAGAUGAGGAAGCAAAUAGAUACCGCGCAGUCGUGACUAUUCAUCACGCUCUUUAUGAUGGUGUGUCGCUGGGGAUGAUUAUGACACAACUAUCAGCGGCCUAUUGCAAUGGUGACAGUCCAGUCUCACAGCCAUAUAGUUGCUUCAUCCGACAUUGCCUCUCAUUACCGGCAGAAGAUGAGAUCAAAAAUUUCUGGGAUGCCGAGUUGGGAAACGCCACUUGUCCUUCAUUCAAGGCAGCUUCCAUUGAUUCCUACUUGUUGCAAACUCCUAAAUACACGGAACGUCGGAUUGCUAUUCCAUCCGAUGCACAUCUCAAGUCCCCCUUGUCAGCAGCUCUCAAACUUGCAUGGGGAAUAGUCCUGUCGAGAUUCACUGGAGAAGGUGACGUUGUAUUCGGCACAGUAGUCAGCGGCCGGAUGGCGAAUUUGAGAGGCAUUGAGAAGAUCUGUGGGCCGACAAUUGCGACUCUCCCGUUUCGCAUCCGUCACGUUCCCUCAAUGAUUAUCCAGGAGGCUCUGGAUGAAGUGCAAACACGCAGCCUAGGAAUGAUUCCCUUUGAACAGACUGGGCUACAGCGAAUCCGUCAAUUCGGGUAUGCGGAUGCGUGUCGAUUUCAGAGCCUCUUGAUAAUACAAUUCUCAGAGGACGAGGAUGUUCCUGAUAGCCCCUUGUACAAAUUCAUUCAAGGAGAGCCAACUAGGACCUUUCACACCUAUCCUCUGACAAUAACUUGCAUUCCCUCAGCUGAGUCGGUCCAUGUUCGCGCGACGUUCGAUUCGGAGGUGAUCACUAUGGUCUUGGUGGAUCGACUGCUGGACCAAUACUCUCGCGUUCUCAUGCACAUUCAUACCGUGGCGUGGGAACCCGUGUCUUCCAUCCCUUCACAGAGCAUAGAUGAUGGGAGACGGAUGUGGGCCUGGAACGAGACUGUCCCUCGCAGGGAAGAUACGUGUGUACAUGAAAUCAUUACAAGCAACACUGGCAAUCAACGAGGUGCUUCUGCAGUCUGUGCGUGGGAUGGUGAUUUGACGUAUGAAGAGUUAGAGGAUAUGUCUACCAGACUCGCAGCGCACUUAAGGAACUCCGGAGUAGGCGUUGAGACAAUGGUUCCGCUUUGCUUCGAGAAAUCACGAUGGGCGGUGGUGGCCACAUUAGCCGUGCUCAAGGCUGGUGGUUCAUUUGUUCCUCUGGAUGCGUCUCAGGCCACAAGUCGAAGAGACACGAUCCUGGCUUGUAUAGAAGCAAAGGUGAUAGUUACAUCAGCGCAAUAUGCUUCAACGCUUGCUGCUGCUGAUCGUAUUAUAAUACCCGUGGAUGAUGCAAGUAUCAGGGCUUUACCCAUGGUAGCCCCCUCUCCAACGUCUGGUGGGCAGGCCUCGUCUCCAGCCUACGUAUUCUUCACGUCUGGAAGCACCGGACAGCCAAAGGGGGUCGUUGUAGACCAUGGCGCCCUCAGCACCAGUUGCCUCUCCCAUGGGUCGAAGAUGGGGUUCAACGAACAGACAAGAAUGCUUCAAUUUACAGCAUACACCUUUGACAUAAGCCUUAUGGAGAUAUUCACGACACUCAUAUACGGGGGUUGUAUUUGUGUACCCUCCGAUGCUGACAGAUUCACUGAUCUGGAGCUGAGCGCUGACACGAUGAAGGUCAAUGCCGUCUCUCUGACUGCGUCCGUGGCAAGACUUCUUGAACCACGCCGCAUCCCUUCUGUGCAAAAAAUUAUCUUUGUAGGGGAAAACGCAACUGACGAUGAUUUCAAAAGGUGGGCACACCUUCCUGAGAUAUUCGACGCAUAUGGUCCCACCGAAUGCACCAUCUUCUGCUCGAUCAACAAGGUCCAGGUCAGCCAUGGUGGUGGCUCUCAUAUCGGCAAGGCUGUCGGCUCAGUAUCUUGGGUCGUGUCUCCGGAUGAUCAUAACCAGCUGGCGCCGAUUGGAGCCGUCGGAGAACUACUUGUGGAGGGGCCAAUCCUAGCUCGAGGCUAUCUAGGCGAUGUGGAAAAAACAUCAGCGGUCUUCAUUGAGGAUCCCCCUUGGUUAGUACAGGGCAUUGCUGGUCACUCUGGCAGACGAGGUCGACUUUACAAGACUGGUGAUUUAGUGCGGUAUAACGAGGACGGUAGCUUGAUCUACUACGGGCGAAAAGACACUCAGACUAAGAUCCGUGGCCACCGUGUGGAAUUAGGCGAAGUGGAAUGUCACGUAUGCGACUGCGUGGCCGGGGUGAGCCAGGCAGUAGUGGUGGCUACUACUCCGGACGAAGGGGGUGCUGGAUCUGUGUUGGCGGCUUUCCUGUGCUUUGCUGAUGCGAAACAUUCAUCGGAACUUGAAGACGAUGUCCGUGCCGUUACAAUCCCAUGGUCGACAAAGGACACUCUGGCAGAUCGCUUGCCACCGUACAUGAUGCCCAGCAUAUAUCUUGCCAUUGGGCAGUUGCCACUCAAUACCUCUGGCAAGAUGGAUCGUCGUCGCCUUCAGCAUAUCGCCACAAAUCAUUUCCAAAGCCGGCUGGCCAAUGGAGGCAUAAACCAGACCGAGCAGCAGCAGAAUGGCCUCAGAUAUCCUCCAUCAUCUCUACCCUCAACAUUCCGUGACUCCUCGAAUGAGACGGAAAAACGGCUAAGAGAAGCUUGGGCGACGGUUCUUGGAGUCCAGAGUGAGACCAUCAGUGUCGAUGACAACUUUUAUGAUAUUGGCGGGGACUCUAUUCGAGUCAUCAGCCUUAUGAGGCUCAUCCAGAAUGAAUUUGGUGUUCAUUUGGCCUCUUCACUGAUCAACAGCCGCAAUACAACAAUUGCCAAGAUAUCCCAGUUCAUUGAUACGAAGUCAGAGGCCGCUCCGACAUUGGAUUUGGAGGGAGAGAUAGAGGCCUCAUUGUCCUCCACCUGGACAGACGUAGUUUCUCAGCCAUGGUUCAACCCAUCCAAGCUAGUUGAUGCACCGGUCAAUUUAUUUCUCACUGGCGGAACGGGGUUUCUUGGUACUCAGAUUCUGCGUUGUCUCCUAUCGUCCAAUAAAGUUGAGCGAAUUGCUACUCUUGUCCGUGCCGCCUCGCCUGGUCAAGGUUUAGAAAGGUUGAAACAGACCGCAGCCGUCGCAGGGUGGUGGAGAACUGAGUACGAAAAACGCAUCGAGGUGUGGACAGGAGAUCUCGGCCUUCCCAAACUAGGGCUGAGUGACCCCCAGUGGCAGCGGUUGUCAGGGAUGGCAGCAGUCGACAACAUCGAGGCAAUCAUUCACAAUGGCGCUGUUGUAAAUUGGAAUAUGGACUACGAUAGCCUCCGGGCACCCAAUGUGCUGUCUACUAUCGAUCUUCUCAAGACUGCAGCUAUGUCCCGUUCUUCGCGACGAUUUGUCUUUGUGUCUGGAGGUGCCAUAGCCGAAUUGGAUGUUAGCCGGGGCAAUACUGCCGCUUUUGACCAGAUAAGCAGAAGCAAUGGGUACAUUCAAAGUAAAUUUGUUGCAGAGACUAUUGUCCGUCGCUUUGUCUCUCAGCUGCCACUUUCUCAGAAUCGGUUUUCGGUCAUCAAACCGGGCAUGGUAAUCGGAACUACCGAGGAAGGGGUUGCGAACCUCGACGACUUCAUCUGGAGGGUUGUUGCCGCUGCUUCGCGGCUACAGUUGUAUCCCUUAGAGACCGAAGAAAGCUGGGUGCCAAUCACAGACGCAGGGUUUAUUGCAACACAGACUAUUGCUCAGGUCCUUUCGAACGAUAUCGACAUUUCGUCAUAUGUCAAUAUCGCCAGCAAGUUUGGCCUACGCGCUUCCGACUUUUGGGAGCAGGUAAAUUCUGAGCUGCGGCAUACAUGCGAGCCAGUCCAGUGGUCUCUCUGGGUCGAGCGAGCCCUGAACGAUACAAAUGAAGUUGGCGAAAGCCAUCCGCUUUGGCCGGUGCAGCAGUUUGUGAAGGGGAGAAAACACGGCAUUUCGAUACCAUCACCGCUCUCACCCCCAAAUAGAACGGCUCUUUGCGACGCUGUCAAAGCUAAUGUGCGCUAUCUAGCGCAAGUUGGAUAUCUCGAAUGCCGAAAAGGCAAUCAUUCGGACCCACAGCCUGGAAUUUUUAAUCGGUCUACAGCUGUCCCAGCGUUGAGCGUCCAAUCAAAAUUUCCUACUCAUAGUACGUAG